AUGCCUCGUGACCCAAUGCUGACCUUUGGGCAAGGACAGGGGAUGUUCCUGUACAAUGUGGCCAGAAAAUGGUUUACUCUCGGCUCUGUCCUUAUCGGUCCUGUGUUGCUCCUCAUCAACGCCCCGUUCGGACGUUUUUCACCAAAAUCAGACAGCAUAUUUCUCGUUGACGGAAUUACAUCUUGGAUCAUCAUGGAACUCGUCUCUCCCAUCGCAUUCCUUACAUGCUUCUUUUCUUCUCCGGUUUCCUACUACCGCCCUGACCUACCAGAGUUGGCAACCCCGCAAACUCUCCUAGCUGCCCUCUUUCUUAUCCACUAUGCGAACCGCGCGCUCAUAUCCCCCUUGCGCACUCCUUCGAGGUCCAAAUCCCACUUGAUUGUCCCGCUGUGUGCAAUUUUUUACAACCUUAUCAACGGCUCGUUGAUGGGCUCAUUCCUCUCCUCCCCGUACGCUCGCAUCUUCCUCAACUCAUCCGCCACAUACGAACGCCCGUCCUUCUAUAUUGGGCUCGCACUCUGGGCUAUUGGAUUCGCUGGGAACAUCGCGCAUGACGAAAUACUUCUUGACAUUCGUCGCAAAGCAAACGCGAAAGGAAAGGGAAAAGAGCCACAGCCCACAGUUGACGGAAAACCCGGUCGCAUUGAGGAAUACUACGCGAUUCCACAAGGACUCCUAUAUCGUUUUGUUUCAUACCCGAACUACCUUUGUGAAUGGCUCGAAUGGCUCGGAUUCGCCCUUGCCGCCGCGCCCUUCCCAGUUGAGUUCACAUUCUCGACACUUGUCUCGCUUUUCUCUUGGGAAACGUGGGUAUCGAUUGUACAAGAACCAAGUCACAUCUUUGCUCCUAAUCUCUUACCGCCUUACAUUUUUCUUCUUUCUGAAGUUCUCCUUAUGCUUCCGCGUGCGUAUAAAGGACAUUUAUGGUACAAGCAGAAGUUUGGGGACCGAUAUCCAAAGGAGAGGAAAGCCGUGGUGCCUUUCAUUCUGUGA